ACCAAGCAGACGACGACGUCGGCACUUGCAAUCUUUUAUAUAGUUAUGUGUCUCGAGCUGUUCACUUUACUUUAAAUUGUUUGUGGAAAAAUGGUGCAGCCUUACGCUGUUUGGCGUGACGCUGCAGGCCUCUUUCGCUUUGUGUCUGUAUUUGCGGAUAGGUUCCCGUAACCCCGUGGGCCUGCAAGAAAACAAAGUUGGGAGUUCAGUGCAAUUUCUGAAGUAUGGAGCCUGAGACGUUGGACGGAUUAUUCCUGAGGUCUUUAGGUGAACACCCUGACAAAGUUGCAGUCAUAGAAGACUCUGGAUCUUCAACAAGAUGUGACAUGACUUAUAAGGACCUGUGGGAUACCAGUUGCAUUGUGUCGGAAACACUUGACCAAUUUUCCAAAAACCAUCCUCUUCGCACUCAGUUCAUUGGAGUUUGCAUGGAGCAGUGUCUCAUCUACCCUGCCGUGAUCAUAGGCAUUUUAAGUCGAGGAUUUGGGUUUGCGUGUAUUGAUCCGUCAUGGCCUUCUGAUAAACAAAUUGAUUACUUGAGAAAGCUUAGGACACCUCUUCUCAUGCAUACCAGUGAGGAUCGCAGAUGUGAUUCUUCAGAAAAGCAAUGCCGAAUAAGAAUUAAGAAUACAUCAUUAUAUUUUGAAAAAUUGGAGAUAGAUGGGAAUUGUAGCAACUGCUUGCAUCCAAUGGCAUAUGCAGUUCUAACGUCUGGCAGUACAGGCCAGCCAAAAAUUGUUCGUGUCCCUCACGCCAGUGUAGUUUCAAAUAUUGUUUCUCUAAUAAAGAUUUGUGAAGUCACCUCAAGAGACCUUAUCUUCCUAUCAUCACCACCUACAUUUGAUCCAAGUGUUGUAGACAUUUUCUUGGCAUUUGCCACUGGAGCCUCUCUUUUAGUGACAAACAAUGUUGUUAAGGCAUCAGCCAGUAACUUACUUAAUGUUUUAUUUCCUCCACAAUCCGCUCUUGGAGUUACUGUUUUACAAAUGACACCAUCAGUAUUCAAUCGAUGGUCGGAGACAGAACUAAAAGAAAUUGUUCUAGGACCAAGAACAUCAUUGAGAGCUCUUAUUCUUGGUGGAGAACCUUUUCCUUCUCAUUCAAAGGUCCUUAGAUGCACAGGUGCCGGCAAUGCUACCCGGAUUUAUAACAUCUAUGGCAUUACUGAAGUUUCACCAUGGGCGAGUAUUCAUCAAGUAAUACCUUCUGCUAAUCCUAAUGAUAGUUAUACUAUUUCAAAUGAAAGUUCCGUACCACUUGGAGAUCCUCUUGCUCACACCAUUCUACAAAUUCGUGACAGUGUCACUGGUUCUAUAAUUCUUGAUGGAUGUGGAGAAAUGUUUAUUGGUAGUUCCAAAAGAGUAUGUGAAAUCGACAAUGAAAACUGUCUUGACUUUGCUCCCCCAGUUUUUCGAGGUACAGGUGACAUUGUUCAGACACAUUCUGAUGGAAGAAUAUACUAUGUUGGUAGAAAAGAUCUCAUUGUUAAAAGAUGGGGAUGUCGAAUUAAUCUGGAAAAUAUAGAGCGAAUAGCUCUAAGUCAUUCUUCUGUGAAGAGUGCAUGUUGUGUAUGGGAUGAAGUUAAUCACAAACUUUACUUACUCGUUGCGCUGAGAGAGGCUAUAUCAAAUUUAAUUCUCCGAAGACAUUUUCUGACAUCCACUCAGUCUGAAAGAGCUCACAUGCCAGAUGAAAUCCUGCAAGUUAAUGAUGUAUCACUUACUCAACAUGGCAAAAUCAACCGUCAUACAGUUUUAGAAAUCUUAGACAAGAAAGAAACUCCGCAAUUUCAGCUAUUUGUUGCAAAAAAGUUUUUAAAGUUGUGGUGUGAAGUGCUUGGGUUGCAAACUUCACAAGAAGGUUCCUUCAUUCAUUUUGGUGGAAAUUCUCUGUUGGCUAUGAUAUUAAUUACUGAACUAGAAAAUGAAUUUGGGGAUGUGCCGAAAGAGCUGUCUGGUUUACUCCUCUCUGGUAAAAGCUUACAAUUUAUAUGUGACCACCUAUGCCAAUUCUACCAAUCAAAGAACAGCAGUCUUGAGGCUUCAAAUCCUUCACUUUUGCCUUCUUCUCAUGAAGUAAUAGAAGGAAAACAAGAUGAAUGCAAAACGCCUCUGAAGCUUAAGCAGAACAAACUCAUCACCUUCAACCUUUCUGGCAAAUCAAGCAGCAGUGAUUUACCAUCCCUUACUGUAUCUCACAAAUGUUUAGAAAAUUUACAAAUGAAUUUAGUUUGGAAAGUGGAUUUAGGGAAAUGUAUUGAUGCAUCCCCAUUGUGUUUAGAAUUUGAAAGUGGAAUUGGUAUUGUGAUAGGCUCGCAUUCAGGAAAGUUCACCUACGUGGAUGGUACUACAGGGGAAGUUCGUUGGCUGCUUAAUUUACCUCAUCGAAUUGAAGCUUCAGCGUGUCCUUCCUUAUGUGGCCAAUACAUUUAUAUAGGAUGCCAUGAUGGUGCUUUGUACUGCAUUGCCACAUUUGAUGGUAGAGUUAAGUGGUCUUUCGUUACUGGUGGGAUUAUCAAAUGUCUUCCGGUUCUAUGCAAUCAAGGGAACAGCAUAAUUUUUGGAUCUUAUGACUCAAAAGUUUACUGCUUGAAUUCAGAAUCAGGAAAAUUGGAGUGGAGCACUAAAGAUGAUAUCAAAGGCAACUGGUUGGCCAGUCCACUAAUUCUUGGUGACAUAGCUAUUGUCUGCUCCUUGGCUGGUAGGGCUUAUGCUUUGAAGACAGCCAAUGGCAAUGUAAUGUGGACAGUUACAUUUCAUCAACCCAUAUUCUCCACACCUUGCCACCUGUCAACACCGUCCACGACUUUAGUUGUAAUUGCUGAAGUUAAAGGAGCUGUUAUUUGCUUAAAUGCUUUAAAUGGUGUACAGGUAUGGAGCUGGCAAGCUCCAGGUCUUAUAUAUGCUCCUCUAAUAAUUGUGCCUACAUCUUCACAAAAUGUUGACAUGCAAUACCAAAUCUUAGUGAGUUGUCACGACUGCUUCCUUUAUUGCUUGUCAGUUACUAUUAAAAACAAUGUGUUGGUUAAGUGGAAGGUUAAUUUAGGGGCUAGCAUUUUGUCAGCCCCUUUUCCUUUCUCAAUCAGAACAUCAGAUAAAUCCGAUAAACUGUGCUGUGUUGUCAGUAAUAAAGCUGGUGGCGUGGCAGUUGUUGGACUUCAGGAUGGGAGUAUCUUUGGUAAAUUUCAUGCAGAAUCUGAAGUUUUCUCUUCGCCAGUAGUAUGUAAAGACUAUGUGUACUUUGGAUGCAGAGAUAACUUUGUAUACUGUCUAAGAAUUCAAUCUACAAAAUUUAACUAGUUGUAUGUUUCUGAAGUAUUUUAAUGAGCCAUAUUUGAAGAGCUUACAUGCAAUAGACCCUUGAUAGAUAUUCCUUUAAAAAUAAUUAAGAAAAAGAAACACAGCCAAGCAUUAGGAGGUAAAGAGGGGAAAGAUUUUUUUUAUAACAUGAAAUGUUUCAGUAUUAUAGAAACUUAAAAAAUCAAGUUAACAAGCCAAAUUUGUUUUAAAAUAUUGUCUUCAUGGUGUCUAUGGUCACUGUAAUGAUUGUCAUUCACUGACAGCUGAAGUACAGUUGUAUGCCAGAAUUGAA